CAAGCUUCUAAAACAAAAAAUGUUAGCCGUGUGCUGGUGUUAGUAGUUGUAGCUUGUAAAUCGUAGCCACUUCCUUGUCAGAAGAAUGUAAAUCGUAGACCAGCACCUAGCCACCGCAUCAAUAGAGAUGGUUCUCUAAGAAAGAUGGACUUCAUGUCGUCAAAUCGACGUUGCAGAUUGACCGUCUUUUUCUUCAGCUUGACGACGAUUUACUAUGGCGUGACAAGCACCCUAGCCUGUGAUUUCCACCACGAUCCAGCUCAGUUAGCGAGUUUCGAUCCUGACGACAAUGCUAAAUUCUGGUCUAAGCUAGAAAAAGCAGAACAAGACUGUGAAGACGACAUAGAGAAGAAAAGGGAAGACCAGUGUGCUCGCACAGGGGAGCAGGUAGAAGAACAAGUUCAGCAAGUGUUUCAGAACAACAAUAGUACAUCAACAAAUCGGAACCUGAAGUGCUCGUCGGCGACCAGUGAUCCGAAUUUCGCCUUCAUGGAAACCAUGGCCUGGAGUAGGUUUGGGUUUCGGGCAGGCCGAAUGCCCCCAGCCUUCUCGGAUGCGACGAAAAUGAGAGGGGCUACUGGUACCUCGAUUAGCAGGUAGAUUUUAAUUUCUACCUUUCUUCAGAUAUUUCUCAUUGUCUCUCUCGACUUUGACUUUCAGUUUUAGACAAAAUCCGUUUCGUUAUCUAUCAGAGACGAAUUCCAACAUAACAAUUUAUCUCAAAAGGUUCAUACGUCUCCCAAGAGCAAGGAGAAGGGGCUGGGGCACGAGUCCGCAGGAGUAUAGGCCGUCCAGAGUUGAAGAAUAUGGAUCCGUUUCUGAUGUUGGAUGAGUUUAAAGUUGGUCUGCCAGCGGGGUUCCCAGAUCAUCCGCAUAGAGGUAUCAAUGACUAAUAUGUUUUCAACCAUCGAAAUUCUGUCGAUGAAAAACGUCUACUUCCGUUUCUAUCAUUUUUUUGAUGUCUCAGUCUCUUAAUUUUUUGAAUUUCUUACUUGAUCUUAUCCCAUCAAUCUGAUCUUCCUCAAUUAAAAGGCUACUAUUAUCACUUCUCAAUCUGAUCUCCAGGUAUGGAAACAGUGAGCUACAUUGAUCUUCCUCUCCAGGUAUGGAAACAGUGACCUACAUUGAUCUUCCUCUCCAGGUAUGGAAACAGUGAGCUACAUGUUUCCCAAUACUCCUGGAAACAUCCUCUCCAGGUAUGGAAACAGUGACCUACAUGUUUCCCAAUACUCCCGGAAACAUGACGCAUGAAGAUUCUAAAGGGAAUGCUGGGACGCUAGGUCCAUCGGAUUUGCAGUGGAUGACGGCUGCGAAAGGUAUUAUGCACAGUGAAGUUCCGGAAACGAGGAAAGAAGCACAUGGAUUGCAUUAUGGGAGAGAAACUUAUUAUAAGUCUCUUCCUUUUUGCUCCUAGAAGACUGUACUGAAAAAUAGUUACAAGCGCAAGUGAGGUUAUAAGUAGUCAAGAAUAUGCCACAGAUAGCUGCGGUCCCUGCUAGUGUACUAUGCGCGGGUAGUGACUUAGAGAUCCACAAGAACAUCUGGACUAGCCUUCUCUAAUCAGCAAUGUGGAUCAACCUUCCACGUUCCGAAAAAAUGGCUGAGCCUGAAUAUCAAGAAAUCCCAGCUAAGGAUCUGGCGAGAGCUGAAGCGGCUGAUGACAGCGGCAAGACGAUUCAAGUUGCUAUCGCAGCUGGCGAGAGUCUGGGUGUCACGAGUCAAGUUCGCACAAGAACGCCAUGCUAUCUGUUAUGGCAAAUAUUGCAUUGAAAAGGGAGGGGUCUAACAGAAGCUUGCAGCACAGGCAUAAUAUUGGAAGUAAUAAUAGAUGUCUAACUACAUCAGAAGGUGUAAUAGAACAAGUAUUAAACGGUUUGUGAUGUUUAUUUCCACAUCAGGGAUGAACUACAGAAGUAGCUUAUAUGAUAAGAUGUUCUUGUUGAAGAAAAAACUCCUCAUCGUUUCGUGAUCCUCACUUCGCACAUGCUGAAGAUGAAUCCACCUCUAGGUCGACGCGCUAGUUGUUGAUUUUUACAGGUAGAAUUUCACCCAGGUACUUCAUACCUCGUCUUCUUCUAACCUUCAUCCACGUCAAAAUGGGAGAUAAAGGCUCGACUUUUCGCCAAGCUUUGCCAGUCAAUUUCACGGCAUUCCUCUAUACCCUAGAAGGUUGCGAAAUCACAGUACGAGGUGACGGUAGCAAAGUGCAAGAUCGUUCAGUGUUGGGACAUACGACAGUCACGUUGCAGAGCAAUGUACAAGGACAGGGAGUGAAAGAAGGCGUCGAAGUCGUGGCUGAGAAAAAGGAUAGCGAAUUUUAUGGAUGAAAGGUUGAAUGAAUGAAUGAUGGAUGACCUCGUCAUACUCAUAGAAGAUCGAUGAAUCCCAAGAGUCGUCUUAUAGCCUAGUGAAGGAUAGCACUUUUUGAUGCUACAAAGUGACAAUGAGGGUAUUACUUAUAUACUUGACCCCAAUUGGAAUAGGCUACUAGGUUAUUUCAACCCACCAGAACUAAGAUUGCAUAUUCCUCAGUGUCACACUUUCAUACCCUCGUCCUCGUUGCCGCGCAGCCGAUUGGCGAGCCCAUCGUGCAGUACGGUCCGUUCGUGAUGACGUCGCAAGCCGAAAUCCAGGACGCCUUUAGGGACUACCAAACCGGACGCAACGGCUUCGAAGGAGCUCAGCAGUGGGAGAGUCAGAAUAGAAGGAGAAUGGGGAGGUGA